AUGUCUCAAUCCCCUUCACCGUCUCUCCGGAAGAGAGGCGGAAAGAAGGAGGCAUCCCCUGGACCCUCAGAUGUCUCUUCUCCUUAUCCCAACAACCAGGGUGCAACCCCCAAGCCUCAGUCAGAAUGGGAUUAUAGGCUGGCCAUAACGGUUCUGACUGUGCUGGCAUUCAUCACCCGGUUCUAUAGGAUUUCUUACCCCGAUGAAGUUUUCGCCUCGUACUACCUUCAACGCACGUACUUCUUCGAUGUUCACCCUCCAUUUGGCAAGCUUCUCUUUGCGGCGAUGGGCUGGCUCGUCGGCUAUGAUGGUCACUUCUUGUUUGAAAACAUCGGCGACUCGUACAUCGAGAACAAAGUUCCCUAUGUCGCUCUUCGCGCCUUACCCGCCACCCUCGGCGCACUGACGGUCCCCGUGGUUUUCUUGAUCAUGUGGGAGUCGGGAUACUCGCUGCCGGCUUGCGUUCUGGCCGCUGGCCUUGUGUUGUUUGACAAUGCGCACAUUGCUGAGGACAGGUUGAUCCUUCUGGAUGCCACCUUGGUCAUCACAAUGGCUCUGAGCAUUCUGUGCUACGUUCGCUUCUACAAGCUGCGCCACGAACCCUUCGGACGGAAGUGGUGGAAGUGGCUGCUACUGACGGGUGUGUGUCUCAGCUGCGUCAUUUCUACCAAGUAUGUCGGUGUUUUCACUUUCGUGACCAUCGGCGCUGCCGUCAUGGUCGACCUGUGGAAUCUGUUGGAUAUUCGCCGUCCCGCCGGCGCUCUCAGCAUGUUGGAGUGGACCAAGCACUUCGCAGCGCGUGCUUUUGGCCUUAUCGUCGUGCCCUUCUUCUUCUAUCUGUUCUGGUUCCAGGUCCAUUUCGCGAUUCUGACCCGCUCCGGCCCUGGUGAUGACUUUAUGACCCCCGAAUUCCAGGAAACCCUCAGCGAUAAUGCCCUGGCGGCCGAGUCCAUCGGAAUCCAAUACUAUGACGCGAUCACCAUUCGGCAUAAGGACACUAAGGUGUUCCUCCACAGUCACUGGGAACGGUACCCGCUUCGCUAUGACGAUGGACGUAUUUCCAGCCAGGGCCAGCAGGUGACGGGAUACCCGUUCAAUGAUACCAACAACCAAUGGCAGAUCCUUCCCACGGUAGCUCUGGAAGACAAUGAUGGCCAGGGCCACAGUGUGAAGAACGGCGACCUCGUCCAGCUGCUUCACUUGGGUACCGACUCGAUCCUACUGACCCAUGAUGUUGCCUCCCCCUUUUAUCCGACCAACCAGGAGUUCACGACUGUGACCAAGGAUGUGGCCAGUGGCGAGAGACAUAACGAGACCUUGUUCGAGAUUAAGAUUGAGAAUGGCAAGGCCGGCCAGGAGUUCAGAACUCUGUCCAGCCAUUUCAAAUUGAUUCAUUUCCCCACCCGAGUGGCCAUGUGGACACACACAACUCCUUUGCCUGAGUGGGGCUUUAAGCAAGCCGAGAUCAACGGUAACAAGAACGUCCUUCAAACCAGCAACCUGUGGUACGCGGAGUCCAUCGAGUCGCUGGAGGAAGACAGCCCUCGCAAGCAGAAGGAAGAACGCAAAGUGAAACAGCUGCCCUUCCUUCGGAAGUACCUGGAGCUCCAGCGCGCCAUGUUCUUCCACAACAAUGCCUUGACCAGCAGCCACCCAUACGCGAGUGAGCCUUUCCAGUGGCCAUUCCUUUUGCGAGGUGUAACCGAUCGGUGGUGGAUUGCCAGUAGUCUGCUGGCUGUUUUCGCUGGUGUGAUUGGUGCCGAUCAGUUGUCUCUCCGCCGUGGAGUUGAUGCCGUGGAAGAAAUUUGGGGACUCGGUGCCCGUUCUCGCCUGUACAACAGCACCGGUUUCCUAUUCCUCUGCUGGGGAGCCCACUACUUCCCCUUCUGGUUGAUGGGCCGUCAGCGUUUCUUGCAUCACUACCUUCCUGCUCACCUUGCCUCCUGUCUAGUGACGGGCGCUCUGAUUGAGUUCAUUUUCAACCUCCAGCCGGUCCAAGCCGUUGUCGAUAGCGAGGUUGAUCCAUCGGGCAAGUCCAAGUCUGUCCGUCCCCGUCAUUUCGUAACGGCCAAGGAACGGAUGAGCCGCAAGUCUCUUGUUGCGGGCUGGAUCGCCACCCUUUCUAUUCUGGCCAUCACUGUCUGGGGAUUUUGGUUCUAUGCACCCCUGACUUAUGGUACCCCGGGCUUGGACGUUGCUGGUGUAAACGCACGUCGGUGGCUGGGCUAUGACCUCCACUUCGCCAAAUAAGGCGAUUAAGUCGGGGUAUGUCAACAGCUUCCGACAGCAUGUAAGCGCCCCGAAAUCAUGUAACCUGUGUCUGAGGAUGGUGUAAACAUGGCAUGUAAGAUAGUGAAUGAGUGUGCAUCACGAUGGUCUGAGUAAGCUUCGGGAGCGCCGCGAAAGCAAGUGGCUUGAAGCCCAACGCGGCUACAUUGCGAGACGGUGCUCUUUUGGGGCUCGUUUGAGUCAUUGUAUUUCUUUCUCAUUGGGGCCGGAACCAUUCUUUUUCAUCUUUUAAUCUCGCAUCUCCUUGAGUUGUUUUCUCUGCUCCUUUUGGUUUUUGCGCCUGUGAUAUCAACUCAAUAAAACGUUAUGAAU